CAAGAAUGAAAUGUGGUUGUCGCCUACCUUUGAUCCGGUAUUCUGUCUAAUUCUGGUUCGUAUUCCUGGCGAAGCGGUGAUGCAGGAGCGUGCAGAUUGCGGGUGUGAGCGGUUCUGACUAUGCAUUUGCUGCGUAGACACCGGUUCUGACUCUAUGCGUUUGCUGCGUAGACACGUAGUCUCAAUGUAUGCGGUUGCGGGUAUAUAUGUUCGCACGGUAUGCGGGUUGCGG